AUGAAGUAUUCUUGCUGGACUCUGCUGCUGGUUAUUCUGGGCACAGAACUGCUGGGGAGCUUGUGUUCCACCGUGCGGUCCCAGAGGUUCAGAGGAAGGAUACAGCAGGAACGAAAGAACAUCCGACCGAACAUUAUUCUUGUGCUCACCGAUGACCAGGACGUGGAGCUGGGUUCUCUGCAAGUCAUGAACAAAACAAGAAAGAUCAUGGAACACGGUGGGGCCACCUUCACCAAUGCUUUUGUGACCACACCCAUGUGCUGCCCGUCUCGGUCGUCCAUGCUCACAGGGAAGUACGUGCAUAACCACAAUGUCUACACGAACAAUGAGAACUGCUCUUCUCCCUCGUGGCAGGCAAUGCAUGAGCCUCGGACAUUUGCUGUGUAUCUCAAUAACACUGGCUACAGAACAGCCUUUUUUGGAAAAUACCUCAAUGAAUAUAAUGGCAGCUACAUCCCUCCUGGGUGGCGAGAAUGGCUUGGAUUAAUCAAGAAUUCUCGUUUCUAUAAUUACACUGUUUGUCGCAACGGCAUCAAAGAAAAGCAUGGAUUUGAUUAUGCAAAGGACUACUUCACAGACUUAAUCACUAACGAGAGCAUUAAUUACUUCAAAAUGUCUAAGAGAAUGUAUCCCCAUAGGCCCGUUAUGAUGGUGAUCAGCCACGCAGCACCCCACGGCCCUGAAGACUCCGCCCCACAGUUUUCAAAACUGUACCCCAAUGCCUCCCAACACAUAACUCCAAGCUAUAAUUAUGCACCGAACAUGGACAAACACUGGAUCAUGCAGUAUACGGGUCCCAUGCUGCCCAUACACAUGGAGUUUACCAAUGUCCUCCAGCGCAAACGACUCCAGACUCUGAUGUCAGUUGAUGACUCUGUAGAGAGGCUAUACAACAUGCUUGUGGAGACGGGAGAGCUGGACAACACUUACAUCAUCUACACUGCUGACCACGGGUACCACAUUGGACAGUUUGGACUGGUCAAGGGGAAAUCCAUGCCAUAUGACUUUGACAUCCGUGUGCCUUUCUUUAUUCGUGGUCCAAGCAUAGAACCAGGGUCGACAGUCCCCCAGAUUGUUCUGAACAUUGACCUAGCCCCUACUAUCCUAGACAUCGCAGGGCUUGACACUCCUCCUGAUGUCGAUGGCAAGUCUGUCCUCAAACUUCUAGACCUGGAAAAGCCAGGUAACAGGUUUCGAACAAACAAGAAGGCCAAAAUUUGGCGUGAUACGUUCCUAGUGGAAAGAGGGAAAUUUUUACGAAAGAAGGAGGAAUCCAGCAAGAAUAUCCAACAGUCAAACCACUUGCCCAAAUAUGAGAGGGUCAAGGAACUGUGCCAGCAGGCCAGGUACCAGACAGCGUGUGAGCAGCCUGGGCAGAAGUGGCAGUGCAUUGAGGACACAUCCGGCAAGCUUCUCCGCCAGAGCACACGCAACCUCUAUUCUCGAGGCUUGCACGACAAAGACAAAGAGUGCCAUUGUAGGGAGUCUGCUUAUCGCUCCAGCAGAAGCCAGAGAAAGAAUCAAAGGCAGUUCCUGAGGAACCAAGGAACACCAAAGUAUAAGCCCAGAUUUGUGCACACCCGGCAGACUCGGUCCCUGUCUGUUGAAUUUGAAGGUGAAAUAUACGACAUAAAUCUGGAAGAAGAAGAAUUGCAAGUGUUACCACCAAGGAGCAUUGCUAAGCGCCAUGAUGAGGGCCACCAGGGGUUGGGAGGCCACCAGGCUGUUGCUGGUGACAUCGGGAAUGAGAUGCUGGCAGACAGCAAUAAUGCAGUGGGGCUGCCCACCACUGUCCGUGUGACACACAAAUGCUUCAUUCUUCCAAACGAUACAAUCCAUUGUGAGAGAGAGCUGUACCAAUCAGCCAGAGCAUGGAAGGACCAUAAGGCCUACAUUGAUAAAGAGAUUGAAGUUCUUCAAGAUAAAAUUAAGAAUUUAAGAGAAGUAAGGGGACACCUCAAGAAACGGAAGCCUGAGGAGUGUAGCUGUGGUAAGCAGAGCUAUUACAACAAAGAGAAAGGUGUAAAAAGGCAAGAGAAGUUAAAAAACCAUCUUCACCCUUUCAAGGAGGCUGCUCAGGAGGUGGACAGCAAACUGCAGCUCUUCAAGGAGAACCGUCGGAGGAAGAAGGCCAGGAAGGAAAAGAAACGCCAGAGGAAGGGGGAGGAGUGCAGCCUGCCUGGCCUCACCUGUUUCACACAUGACAACAACCACUGGCAGACUGCCCCAUUCUGGAAUCUGGGAUCUUUCUGCGCGUGCACGAGUUCUAACAAUAACACGUACUGGUGUUUGCGUACAGUUAAUGAGACACACAAUUUUCUCUUUUGUGAGUUUGCUACUGGCUUCCUGGAGUAUUUUGACAUGAAUACGGAUCCUUAUCAGCUCACAAAUACAGUACACACAGUAGAGCGGGGCAUUUUGAAUCAGCUACACAUACAGCUAAUGGAGCUCCGAAGCUGUCAAGGGUAUAAACAGUGCAACCCAAGACCCAAGAGCCUUGACAUUGGAACUAAAGAUGGAGGAAGCUAUGACCUACACAGUGGCUGCCAAUUCCUUGUCCAUGGCUCCGUCUUUGAAGGCAGCACCGUAAGCAUCUCUAGUUCCUCUCCACCUCCAUGCUUCUCCUAUGCGUUCCACAGUAAGGCUCCCCUGACCUUCCUGCUUCUCGAUACUACCAUCUCCCUAAGGACUCCCCUGGUGGUUAUCUUCACUUCACCUGAACAUUGCCCCAUCAAGACCCAUAACUUUGUCACACAUGCAAGCUCCCUUUUGCCUCCUAAAGUGAUUCCUGUGGCUUCUGAGGGGUUGGAUGUGGACAGCUCUGAGCUUCCUUCGCUGGUACCCGUUUCUCCUCUCACUUACACAGCAGAUACAUCAACUUCUCUGAUAAUUCCCUAUGGAGCCAGGACUCUGAAUAUUCUAUGCAAGGACAAUUAUGGGAUGGAUGGGAAGGUUAGUCAGCCCAUUGUCACUUCAGACACCAACUGGCAAGGCCUGGAGGAGUUAUCCAGUGGGAAUGACCACACUGAUGAGUAA